AUGGAGGCGACUCAAUAUGACAUGGCCGCCGAGGCGCCGUCGGCAGCUGCCGCGAAGCUGCACCACAAGAUCCGCGGCGGCGGCGUGACGGGGGCGGCGGUGCGGCGGUAUCUGGAGUCAAAGCGGAUGCUGACCGCGCCCGGCGGCGCGGCGGCCGGCGCGGGGGCGGUGGUGGCUUGGAGGGGCGAGCAGCCGAGGGGGGCGGGGCGCGUGGCGCUGAGGCUGCUGGAAGAUGAGCAGGCGCUGGAGCCGGGGUCGAGGAUCAAGGUCGAGGUGUACUGCAACCUCCCAUUCCAAUGGCCGGCCCCGCCCGCCGGCGCCGCCGCGCCGCGCCCGCUGCUGAGUCAGCUGGUGCACGUGUCGGCGAAAUUCUGGGCGCAGCUGCACGAGGCAGUGUACGCCUCGCCCUGCGGCCUGGCCACAGCGGCGGCCGCCGUGGCCGCAGCCGCGGGCGCGCGGGGCUGGGGGACUUUGCCAGGCGAGGAUCCUUCACAGCCGCGCGUGUUGGCGCUGGCUGCCCAUGUCUGCGCGGUCUUCGAGGCCGCCCUAGCGCAGGGCCUGGUCUGGCAGCACGCCCGCGACGCCGACGGCGGGGAAGACUGGCUCUGCUUCAACACCGGCCUCUCGCGCCACCCCGACGGCGGCAGCGGCGGCGGCGGCGGAGAGGGCCAGGGCGUCGUCGCAUUCCUGCAGCGGCGCGCGUGGCGGCAGCGGGACGCCAAGCAGCGGGCGCUGGCACCCUGGGUGAUGUCAAAUGACGUCAUGCCAUGGGAGCGCGUGCUGGGGCACACAGGCGGCGCAGGGAACGUGCCGCCGCCGCCGCGGGCCCAGCGGCAGCAGCAGCAGCUGCUGCAGCCGCUCGCGCCGCUGGGGGCGGCGCCGCUCGUCGCGCCGGCGGCGCGCGUGGCGCUGGACCUGCCGACGCUCCCGAUUGCGGCUGGGCCGGCAACGCAGGACCUGUCGGGAAGCUGCCCGGGCCCGCGGGUCGUGCUGACCGUGCGGCUCGGCGACCCGCAGCUGGCGGCGUUGGCGGGGGCGGCGCCGCUGCGCGUCGCCGUCGCGGCGGGCACGCCCUGCGGCGACCUGGCGCGCGCGCUGGCGGCGUGGGCGCGCGGCCUCAUUGCCGCUGCUGGUGGCGGCGCGGAGGGGCCGGCGGGCGUUCUUCAGGGGCAGCUGGACGAGGCGGGAGGGGAGGUUCUGGUGACAUGGGAAGAGCCCGGCGCGGCUGCUGCGGGCGCCGCGGCGCGCUGGGGCGCGCUCGCGGCUGCGUCGGGCGGCGCCGCGGCGGCCGCGCCGCUCGGGCCGCGGCUCGGGCUGCGACUGGAGGGGGGUGCGCCCAGCGGCGGCGGCGAGUGGCGGCAGUUGGACGCGCAACUCUGGCUCCCAGCCGCGCCCGAGGGUGCCGCGGCCCCCGCGCCACUGCUCGCGCGCUGCUGCGGCGGGGCCGCCGCCGCGGGGCGCGCGGCGCUCGAGGCCGCCGCGGUCGCGGCGCCGGACUGGUGGGGGGAGGGGCUGGCCGGGCUAGAGUCAUUCCUGGCGCACGCGUUUGACCGCGCCAACGAGCAGCGGCUGCUAGCUGUCGCGCCCCUCGACGCGGCCGCUGGCGCCGACGGGGAGGGCGCGGCGGCGCGGUUCCUCGUUUUCAACACGGGGCUGUUCACGCGCGGCCUGCACGACGUGUUCCUGCUGUUCUCGCCGGCCGAGGACGCCCACGGCGGACAUCAGCAGCCGAACGGCGGCGCGGCGGCGGGCGCAGUUGCGGCGGCGGCGGCGCGGCCGUGGGCAUUCCAUAGCGCCCGCAGCGGCGCUGAGCUGGCGCUGAUCGCGGACGAAAGGGACCUGCCCCCGCCGCCGCUGCCGCCCGCGUUCGCGACGGCGGGGCUCGACGCGGCGUCGCCUGUGAGCGCGGAUUGGGACGCGCUCCUCCGCGGCGGCGGCGGCGGCGGCGGCGGCGGCGGCGGCGGGGGCGCGGACGGUCUAUCUGAGGCGGUGCUGCGCGGCGCCCUCGACGUAUCUCUGCGCCGCGCCGCGCGCGCGCCCGCGCUCGCGCUGCCGUGCCUCGGCCCCGACCGCGGCGGCGGCGGCGGCGGCGGUGGCGGCGGCGCAGCGCGCACUCUCUGGGGGCUGCCGCUGUUUCUGGACGCGCGGCGGCCGGUCAGGCACGUCCUCAUCUUGGAGACGUUCGCCGCCGCCAGACCCGGCGGCGCCCUGGACACGCAGCAGCAGCAGCAGCAGCAGCAGCAGCAGUGGGGGCCGCCGCCGCGGCCGCGGCGGCAGGUGUACCGCGUCGUGCAGCUGCUGCCGUUUGAGGAGGCGUACUGCGCCAUGCGAGCUCUGGGCGCGGUGGAUUGGAUGUCCUGGGUGCGGGACGCUUUGGAGGAUCUUGCCGUGCGGAAGCGGGAGGGGCGGGCGGCAGAUGGCGGUGCCGGCGGCGGCGCCGGCGGCGGCGGGUGGGUGUGGUCGGCGCAGGAAGAGGUGCUGAGGGCGUUGAAGCCACGGUCGGGCUCGGACGAUGGCAGCGGCGGCGGCGGAGACGCGGACGGGCUGCGGCGGGUGCAUUUGCUGCUGUGGGAUCCGAACGCGGGGGGCGGCGCGGCGGCGGCCGGCGCGGGGGCGGGGACCGGCGGGGACGGGGCCGGCGCGGAGGGCGACGGCGGCGCGGCGCAGCAGCUGUUGUGGGAGGCACUGCGGGGGCACCCGCUGGUGGCGGCGCGGGGGCGCGAGGGCGGGUGA